UAAUCCUCUGACCAUUCAGGAGUUAAUAACGGGAAGAGGGCAUAUUUUUCUCACUGCUCGCUUGAUAGAAACAGAAAAGUAGGUCUGCGUUCCGGUGCAGAAUGAAGCGUUCCGAAAGGGCACCCGACCCCGUGCCGCAGACACGGUGGAUGACACAUUAUCGGUGAUUUUUCGCCUAAAAGUAGAUGGAAUGUAAACUUGACCUCACACACUAACGGGGAAGAUGAGUUGUGCUUUUUCUCAAUGUCUCAUCGUAUAUAUUUUGGAUUUGGCAGUUGGCUAUUUAACGGUCACUCUUGAGUCCCUCCCUCCCAUUGUCAUUGGAGACACGGUGACACUCAAGUGCAAUUUCAGGACAGAUGGCAACCUGCGAGAGAUUGUAUGGUUUCGGGUGACAGAGGGUGGCAGUGCCAAGCAGAAGAUCUUCACCUACGAUGCCAUGUACAACAGCAACUUCUCCCAUAUGGAGGACUUCCGCAGACGAGAAGACCUGGCCUACCAAUCAACUGUCCGGCUUCCUGAGGUGCAGAUGGAAGAUGAUGGACCAUAUGAGUGCCAUGUGGGGAUCUACGACAAGGCCUCUAGAGACAGGGUGGUCUUAGCCUCAGGCACCAUUGUGCUCACUGUCAUGGUGCCUCCUAAAUCCAUCUCUGUAGUGGCAGCAGACUGCCCGGCCCCCUUCAAUCGCUACGAGGCCCAGAACUUCACUCUAAUCUGCAUCGUCAUGGGAGGAAAGCCAGCCCCUAUGGUGUACUUCAAGCGUGACAGCGAGCUGAUCGACGUGUUCCCCUCUAUUAUGGAGGGUGGUGGGGGCCAGUCCCAGGGAAGGGGCCUGGCAGGUCUACGGGGCUCUAGGCCCCUGAUCAGCAGAGAUCUGGAUGACACCAAGCUGAAGAAGUCCCUCUCCCUGCUGGACCAGGACCAGGGGGAGCCCCCCCAUCUGGACCAUGACACCCCUGGGACCAGAGGGACAGGGAAGACAGGAGGGGCCAGGGAGGGACCAGGGGCCCUGGGAGAGCCUGGCGGUGUGGAGGGGUCUGAGCCCAGCUCCACCACCACGGAGGUGAUCCCAGAGACGGUGGUAAGCCGGGAGUUCCCCCGCUGGGUGCAGAGCACAGACCCACUCUACUACUUCCAGCACAGGCGGCAGGUCUCCAGCGAUGGCACCAUGGAGGUCAGAGCCAUGCUCACCUGGAGCCUCAACCCCCAACUGGACAACGACGCCCUGUUCAGCUGCGAGGUCAAGCAUCCAGCUCUGUCCAUGCCCAUGCAGGCUGAGGUCACUCUGUCUGCUCCCAGGGGCCCCAAACUCUCCAUGUCGCCUGGUAAGGCUAAAGUAGGAGACACUGUCCGCAUUACAGUUCAGGGCCUCCAGAUCUCUUCCACAGGGAACAUGGUGUUCCCCGAGCCACUGUUCACCUGGACCAGGGUGGGAGGUAAUUUGCUGGACGGGAGAGAGGACCAUAAUGGGAGGGAGCUGGUGCUUGAGAGAGUACCAGCCGAGCUCAACGGCUCCAUGUUCCGAUGCACUGCCCAGAACCCUCUGGGAUCCACUGACACACACACGCGGCUCAUCGUGUUUGAAAACCCAAGACUUAAGAAGGGGAGACAUUUUGUUGCAGAUGCAGCCUAUUGCAAUGAGGCACUGGAGCUGACCACCAUGCUGUUAAUGUUAGCCGUGACAUGGGAGAUGACGUGAACAGCUAAAUGGACCCCUGCCCUUCUCCAGUCUCACUAGUCUCUCGAGUUUCUCCUCUGUCGCUCACUUCCCCAUCUGCAGUUCCAGCUACUGGAGCUGAGGCACUGUUCACUUUUCAUAAAAGCAGCUUAGGAAAAGAAAAACGUUGUCAGAAAGAAGAUGAGAACUACAUACAUUCUAACUCUCUAGGCUUUUAUGUUGUCAUUCUGCUUGCCUAACUGCUUCUUCCCUUUUGGUUUUUUCAACAUCCAAUGACCAACUAUCACAGUGGUUAUGUUUUAUAGUAGACCCCAACCUGUGUUAGAGGUAAUUUUAACCAAGUUUAUGUGGGCUGGCCCACAUUAGAUGCUUUUUCCCCAUCUUCCUGUUAUUUGAAGGUCAGAACACAUACAAUAUGACAUGUUUUUUGACAUAUCUUGGUCAGCAAGUCCUUGGAUAAAAUAAAUGUUUGGUUGGAAGAAA